AUGCCUGCGAUCCUCCGAUGCACCUCCCUUCUUUUCACCCUCGUCACCCUCUCCCCUGCCGUCCUCGUCAACCGCACAAUAGACGACCAAUACGGGGACCCCAUCACCCGCAGAUACCCCGUCUACUCCCCCGUAGGUGACUGGCAGCAAGGCGCCACUUGCUCAGAUUGUGCCACCAAACCGAACGUUAGCAAGGCGUUUCAUGGGACGUGGCAUGAUUCGACUUUUUAUCCUGGUAGUACGCCUAAGUCGGUCAGCGUCACUUUCAAUGGAAGCGCAGUCUACGCAUUCUUCAUAACCUCCCCCGUCCUCACCACCACCACAACAACCCAAACCGAAGCCGCUCCAGGCGAGGUGGAGAAUGCGACUGCUCCUGGGAACGUGGAAGUCGAAGAUCUUCCUGAAGACGGGGAGGACGAAUGUCCAGGGGAUGUGGAAGUCGAACAUCCUCCUGAGGACGCGGAGGACGAAUGUCCUCCAGAUGAAGUCACACCCGCCGCUUCGACAUUCGUCCUCCGUGUCUUCAGGAGGAUCUUCGGCUUCCACCUCCCCAGGAGCAGUCGCAUCCUCCACCUUGCCCGGAGCGGCUUCAUCUCCCGAGACAGCCACAGGAUCCUCGUCUUCCAAGUCCUCAGGAGGGUUAUCCAAGAAAAAACCAGCAAAGAUCGUAGCUAUCGUUGGUGGGGUGCUAUGGUUGGGACAGGAACUUUUUGA